AUGUUCAUCCCGCUGCCGGUGCCGCUGGUCUUCCGAAGGUCUCCCGUUGCCGCCUCCGCCGCCUCUGUCGCCUCCUCAGCCGAGAACAGCGAGGGAUGGCGCCUCAAGCCCCCGCUGGCCCUCCGCUCGGCUCCCGAAGUAAGAAUGUCUAAGCCCCUGGAGCUGGAGAAGGCACGGCUGGAGCUGCAAGAAGAGCACACAGAUACAGAAAGAAAUGGACCUGACACAAAUCACCAGACCCAGCAGAGCAAGCCUUCUCCGUUCUCUCCGUCCCCCACCAGCACCGGCACCAAGAUCAAAGCCGAAGAGCCCACAGAGGUGCCUCCAGCUCCAGCCCCGGCUCCGGCCCCGGCCCCAGUCCAGCCGCCCCACCUGCCCCAGGCCCAGCUGAUGUUAGCCGGCAGCCAGCUUGCGGGGUUGUGCCUGACCCCCAGGAGCAUCUUUGUACCCCCACCUGCGAUAAAGCCCCCCAGUGGGCCAGGCCUCCGUUCCCCCUGGAGGCCCAUCACUUCCAGCCUUCAGAACACACCUUUGCAUCUGUUUAUGGCCUAG